ACUGGGGUGCGUCGGCAUUUACAAUUGAUGACUACUACUUCGUGAUUUCAUUAUUAGCACCUAUAGCUGGUGCAGUGAUUGGAGCUUUCCUGUACCAAAUACUUAUUGGUACGCAAUUGGACCGAGUAGAAGAGACCACAGAGGAGCAAGAACUGGAAGAUUUUAAAGUUUCAGUCGCAUCAGAUAGUCUAUGUUCCGUUUAA